GUGCUACGGGGCUGAUGCUUUAAACAAACUUUUUCGUUAGUGAAACUGACUGCCUUCCUUGGAAGUGAGAGCAGACAAAGGCGCAAGGGUUUUUAAAAAUAAUCACUACCUGAGAAAAAAACCACCAAGGUCCAGCCGGACACGACGCCGCCGCCACCAUGUCGAGCAAACGCGCCAAGGGGAAGACCACCAAGAAGCGCCCCCAGCGGGCCACCUCCAACGUCUUCGCCAUGUUCGACCAGUCCCAGAUCCAGGAGUUCAAGGAGGCCUUCAACAUGAUCGACCAGAAUCGUGAUGGCUUCAUUGACAAGGAGGACUUGCACGACAUGCUGGCCUCUCUAGGCAAGAACCCGUCGGAUGAGUACCUGGAGGGGAUGAUGAGCGAGGCACCGGGGCCCAUAAACUUCACCAUGUUCCUCACCAUGUUCGGCGAGCGACUCAACGGAACCGACCCCGAGGACGUCAUCCGCAACGCCUUCGCCUGCUUCGACGAGGAGGGGUCCGGGGUCAUCCAUGAGGACCAUCUUCGGGAGCUCCUCACCACAAUGGGCGACCGCUUCACCGAUGAGGAGGUGGAUGAACUGUUCCGUGAGGCACCCAUUGACAAGAAGGGAAACUUCAAUUACGCCGAGUUCACCCGUAUUCUCAAGCACGGGGCCAAAGACAAGGAUGACAUUUAGGCCGCACCCCUCUUCUUCUCAAGAUCUCGGCCCAAUCCGUCCUCUGGUGCACAAAAAAACGUAUCCUCACCCGUUCGCGCCUCUCCUCUCUCAUUCACCUGUUGCAGAAAUCGUUGGAAAUUGGCGACUCCAAAAAUCUACUACUGUCCUCCCUCCCCCAACAAGCCUGAAUGCCCUACUGAUUGUUCAGAUUUCCUCACAUUGAUUUGCAUCCAGUGAUAACAAAAACAGGAAUUAAAAAGGGCGUAGCUGGCAUCUGUAACACCCCACUCCUCCCACACACUGACUACACACUGACAGGCAUACCCUAGUUCAGGGCUGCCCAACCCUGUUCCUGUAGAUUUUCACAUCAACCCCAAGAAAGCACACCUCAUUCAACAGCUACAGAUCUCAUUGAGCUGCUAAUUAGUAUGCUUCCUAGAGGUUGGGGCCUUUAUGACAUUAUGGUGGAGAGAUUUAAAAAAUAAAUCAGCAGCUUCAUUAUUACUCCUACUCAAUGUUUCAAGAGUGCGUAAGCCAGCAAAAACAAGCUGCAUUUAACAUGAUUAUUCCAAUUCAAUAUCACAACACUGAGAAAGUGGCACAAAAAUUCAUGCGGACCCCCUAUUGAAUUUGCAUGUUUCCGGACCAUGGAAGGACCAGUUUUUUCUUUUUUUUUUUUUAGGAAAAAAAAAAAAAGUGUUUAAAUGCCUCAUUCAUUAUGAAGGAAUAAUUUUACCGCAGCAAUAUCAUGCAGAUGUCUUAACUUUUAUAUUCUGUAUUGGAAGAAUAAAAUGUUCCCAUAUACAAAC